CUUCUGCUAGACCUAAUUUAUUAACCGCUUUUAAUAAAAACGCGCGAAACAUAAAAAAGGUUAAUAAUAUCUUUAAACAUAACUUCAUUAAUAUAAAUAUCAAGAUACAAGUAAAAAAAAUGUAUUUAGAUAAUGAAAAAAAUGUUUCAGAAGAGGCACGCCCAUCGUCUUCAAAAAAUGAACCAAGUAAUUUAGAACUAGCAUAUUUACAAGAAUUACUGUCAAAAGGUAAACGGCACUAUAUUUGCAAUGAACCAAGAAUUGCAUUAGAAGUUUUUGUUGAACUUUGUGAGAAAGUUGCUGAUAUAUAUGGACAAACAGGCGAUGAGUGUGCAGAACCCUACCUUUAUUAUGCUAAAACUCUUUUAGAGAUGGCAAGGGUUGAAAAUGGUGUUCUUGGAAAUGCAGUAAAAGAUGCACCUGUCCUUGGUGAUACAGAAGAUGCAUCAGCAGAAGGUGAUCACGGAGAAGAGGUUGACAAUUUAAACAUUGAAGAAGAUAAUGAAGAUAUAACAUCUGAAAAAAGGGCUGAACUUAGGGCUAAUGUAGAGCAUGCACUGCGAGAAGGCAAUUUAUACAAUGAUGCAUUGACUGAUGAGGAGGAGGAGGGAAAUGAUUGUCAAGAAGAUCUUGAAGGCAACCCCAAAAAAUCUUUUGAGGUUUCGGAAGUUUGUGAACAAGGAAAAAAUGAAGAAAUUGAAGAUGAAGAAGAAAAUGUUGAAAAUGAAGUUACAAAAGAAUCAAGUGAUUGUGAAGCUGCUGAUGAUGAGGAGAUUACAAAUAUGCAACUUUCGUGGGAAAUGUUUGAACUCUGUUGUAUUAUAUGUAACCGAAUGAUAACUUAUGGAGAGGAAAAAAAAGUCAAUGAAGCUAAGUCAUUUCUGGCAGAAGCUAAGUAUGGGUUGGCACAGAUAAGUCUUGAAUCAGAACGCUAUGAUGAAUCAGUAGUUGAUUUUCAAGCAUGUUUGGAACUUUACAAAAAUAUUUUGACUGAUAAAGAGGACCGUAAAAUUGCAGAAGUAUACUAUAAUAUUGGAUUAGCACUCUUAUUUGAUAAAAAAUUUGCUGAAGCAAUUACAAACUUUGAACAAGCUGUUUCAGUUUUAGAGGCCAGAGUAAAAAUGCUUGAGAAUAAAGUUAAUGAAUCAGAAGAAAAUGGGGAUAAAGAUAAAAUAGAUGAAUAUAAAAAAGAAAUAACUGAACUAAAAGAUCUUGUUCUCCUUGAUAUGAUGGCUAAGAUUGAAGAUGCUCAAGAAAUGAAAAAGCAAGGUGAUGCAUCUGUUGAUGCAGUUAAAAAGUUUGCAAAAGAGAUGUUUAGCGGAAUAUCAAAUGGUUUUGAAGAAGGAUUUGACCAAGGAUUUGAUAAAGAGUUUAACAAUACAGCUACUUCUAAGGAUGUGAUAAACGAUAUUGGUUUUAAAGUUCGUUCUAUAAAAAGAAAGUCGGAGGACGAAUUUCCGCCAAGUGAAGCUAAAAAGUUCAAACCAUCAAAUGAUGCGUCUACUGACGAGCUUUAGAGAAGACAAGCAUUGUAGUGGGAAAUGAUAUGCCUUAGUAACUGAAAGCGCUUGAAUGAGCUGCGCAGCUUGAGUUAUGUAUUAAUCAAGUCAGAUAGUUUGAUAAAUUUGCUAGCUAAAGGUUGCGAUUACAAACAUCUUGAGGAAAAGUUUUGAAAAAUAACUGUUAAACUCGUUUAAACUUUUUUUUUUUUUCAAUUAAAAAAAAAAAACCCUUUCUUUUUCAGAAUCCAUAAAGAACGAUUAAAGUUAACAUGCAUCUUGUAAAUAUAUUGCUAACGUUAAUUUUUAAAUGUAUGAUUUUAACACAAAAAGAUAUUUCUUUUAAAA